UGUGUGAAAUGAUGCUUUAUUUACAUUUUUUUAUGUGUAAGAUUUGCAAGAGGGUAAAGUACAACUGAUCAUGGUGAACAAGGAAGGAACAACUCCACUUUAGGGAAUGUUUAUAAGAACAUGUGGGGUAAGGAAGCUGCAAUACUGCUCGUUCAUAGUCCAAAUGUUCCUCCCCUUUACCAGCAGUGACAAGGUGUGCCCUCAUCUUGUGAGAGUACGAGUUUACAGCACAUACACACUUGUGCCACUGUAGGCCUAGGACCUGACUUGACAAUUCUUCAUCCUUGGUACAGAGCUGGGGAUGUCUGCACUGCCUCAAUGCUGCAUCUGUCUAGAUGACUUCACUAAUCCAGUCUCUAUCCCCUGUGGCCAUCGUUUCUGCCUGGGCUGCAUCGGGGAGUACUGGAGAGUCCAUGGUGCCUGCCAGUGUCCCCUCUGUAUGACAUGUUUCCCCAUACGGCCACAGUUAAAAACGAAGCCAACCCUACAUAAUGGUGCCCCGUGGGAGGAAAACCAAACUCCACUCAGAGCAGGUGAGGUGCCCUGCGAUGUCUGUCCAGAAAAGCGGUGUAGAGCGGUGAAGUCAUGUCUGGUGUGCCUGGCCUCAUACUGUGAGACCCACCUGGAGCCUCACUACAGAGACUCGGCUCUAGGGCGCCAUCCACUGGUCACUGUGUGGAAGAACCUGGAUGAGCCUGUCUGUAGACUCCAUGGGAGGCAGUUGGCCAGGUUUUGUCGGAGCGAUCAGACCUGCAUCUGUGCUAUGUGUGUCCAGACUGAUCACAGGGGUCAUCGGGUGGUCACAAUCGCCAUGGAAGCAACAAAAACGAAGAUUAAGAUAAAGAAGUCCAUGAUGAAGUUUCAGCAGAUGAUCCAGGAGAGACUGAAGAAGAUGGAGGACCUCCAACACUCAGUGGAGCUUGUUGAGGUGACUGAAGAGAAACAGAAAGCAGCAGAGAGGCGGGCUGAAGGGCUCAUCAAAGAGCUGGAGCAGGAAAUAACUGAGCUACAGAGGAGAAGCACUGCACUAGAGCAGCUCUCACACACUGAGGACCACCUCCACCUUAUACAAAGAUUCCCGUCACUGUCCACUCCUCUACACAGCAAGGACUGGUCACACAUCAUCAAGUCCCUGAUCCAAGAACUACAGGGGAAACUAGAAAUAUCCUCAAGAGAUGGUAGAAAACUACAAUGAGCCUCCUCUAAAAACUCAGGAACAUUUUGAUUGCCAAUGUGCUUGCUUCAGCAAGACCACUCUAGAUAUUCAACAUACUUCUGACUGAUUAUUUAGAUCACUACUGCUUUUACAUUUUUGUCUGUCCUCAAGAGAUUUUUACCAUGAGAAAACCAGGAACUAUUUAUUUAUUGUAACCUUGAGUUACCAUUUUACCAAAGAAAAUGUGACUUUAAUGUCUAUCCUUUAUGCUUAUCUAGAGAGAUUAUCAUUGUGUCUAUCCUAUCUACAGUGUAAAUGGUUGAUUAUUUAUGUCUUGUUAAAUUUUUACCCGAGUAAAUGUGAAUGUGUUAUAUAUCAUUUAUCUUAUUUAUUUUAAUUGUUUAGUACUGUGCCAGAGAACGUAUGACCCACCAAUCAAGUAUUAUGUGGGGUUAGCCCAAUUUGUGAUUGUGCAUUUAGCAGAGUUUGUCAUAGGCUGUAGCCUUUCGUUAACGUAAUAGAAAGGUGUUUGACUGUCAAAUCUCAAACAAAACAAACAGGCAUGCACACACACCAGAGGAGACUGGUGCAAGGAGCUAAAGGAGGACGGGCUCAU